AUGGAGAAAAAACAGCCAGAAAAAAAUCGUCCCGAUUUCGGGAUGUUUCGUCCCCAGCGUCCAGCCAUGCCAAGCGAGGGUCACAGAGACGAACUUCCCCCGUUAAAUACCGCCUCUUCUCUCAUUAGUAGACCAGGCACAAAUCGGCAACAGCAUGUUGCACAUGAAGUUCUGCAUGCUGUUAAGAAGAUUAAUGCUUUUAUGGACAAAAAACAGGCAGAAAACCAUCCAUUUGGAUCUGAGAGGAUUCAUCCUCUCCCUCCAAGUGUGUCGAGAGGACGUCACAGGGACGAACUGCCCGCCUUGAGUGCCUCCUCGUCAAAGAUUAAUGCUUUUAUGGACAAAAAACAGGCAGAAAACCAUCCAUUUGGAUCUGAGAGGAUUCAUCCUCUCCCUCCAAGUGUGUCGAGAGGACGUCACAGGGACGAACUGCCCGCCUUGAGUGCCUCCUCGUCAGUUGGUAGCAGACCAGAUAUAAGUCAACAAAAACAGAUAUUCGACAAUGAGGACUUUGACUGCCGUACUCCAAAAGAAUGGCUGGCUUUAGGUUACGAGCAAGGCUCUGUCGACCGCAAACCUGUUCCUGCCAAAGCCCUGUUGCCAACAAAAAACGGCAUUCCACCUGUGGAUCCAGAGAGCCCAGCUUUGGAGUAUUCUUGGCAGUUGGUUGGGGUGCUACAGUACAGCCUGGAGAAGAAGGAGUACUUGGUGCAUAAAGCAGACUGUAAUGGAUGGGUUCGAGAUUCUGAUGGAAAACCUACUUUGAAUGGAGGACAGAGAGAAGGCAUGUUCAAUACGGCUUUGUCACUGCAAGAAGGGCGAUACUGGGUUCCCAGGAUCAGGCUGCUGUUUUGUGCAGAGGACCCACGUGUCUUUGCCCAGAGAGUCCAGUUUGCCCAGGACUUGAGACAGUACACUGAGGCCAUGAUCUUGUACCAUCUUUCCAUUGACUGUAUGCUAGUCUGGAGUGGCACCCCCACCCUUGACCCCACCAGUUUAGAACGCAUCAGAAAUUAUGCAGUCUCCACACCAGGCCUCCAUUUGAAACAUCUACAGGAGUGUGUGAUGGAGCUGGAGGAAGAGCUUCGUUUGGAGUACAUUCACACUAUGAACCGGAUGUGCUUUGAUAAGGUGGUACAGGAAAGCCCAGAAGAGUUCCCCCACAUCAAAAUUCCUCAAAAAGAACCCGAGAAAGUUCCAGAGAAAGGCCUUGUGUCAGUGCCUGACUAUCCUUUUGAGAAGAACCGUGCAGCUUUUGUCUUUAAUACUCUGCUCACUAAGCCUGAGGUGAUCACUGUGCUGUCCAUAGUGAGAGAAGAGUGCAACAGGGUGGCAAAAAUAAGUCUGUUUCAUGUCAGCUUCACAAAGUCACUUAGCUUGGAGGAGUUUGAUUCGGCACAGUCUCAGAAACAUGCACAGGUCCAAUUGUUUCUACAAGAGUCAUGGCUGGACACUUUAUGUACUGGGAUUUCGUCUAGUCUGCAUGGAAGUCGUGACUGGUACAAUCUCUCUGUUUCCAACUGGGAUGUUUACCACAUGUCUAAACUCUGUCGCUUGAUGGCACUGAUACGCAGCAUUCAGCAGGACACACUCAGGUUCCUGGUGCAGGAUUCCCUGGCCAGCUUAGCCGAAUUAUUGCUCGAUGCUUGCCACAAUGUCCUACAAUGCCCCAAAGAUCUGACCUGGGGCCCUGAUCUCAUAAACAGCCCAUACAAGCCAAAAAAGAAACCCCUUUUCUUAGUGGAUUUGGUACUUGAUCAGACUGGUGUUGGUUACAGCACUCCUCUAGAGAGCUUUGAGACCUCCAUUAUCAACUUGUUUGAUAAAGGAAUCCUGUCCACACACAACAUACCUCAACUAGACAAGUUUGUAAUGAAGAACCUGCUCGUCAUUGGAUAUGUAUUAGAUACAGUGGCCUUGUGGGAACCUGAUGUCAACAAUCUGAGGGAGCGCAUCAGUUUAGCCCUGAAACAGGCCAUCAUACCUCUCAGAUCCUACGCCUGUGAAUAUGAAUGCCACCUUGAGCUCCACAAUUCAGAUAUCAACACUUUUCUGCAGUUGCACAGUCAGGAGAACCAGACCGUUCAGGAAGUGAAGCAGGAAGUUCUGGAGCACCUGAGGGAGAUGGAACUUUUAAAUCAGUCCAUCCCUUCCGGAAUCAUCAUCGGUCCCUUCGAGGUCAGCAUGGAGGCCGUUCGGCAAAGCCUGGUGAAGAAACGCAGAGACCUCGCCAGUGCAGUGCUGGACCGACUCGCUCUGAGGUUACGUCAACAGAUACAGGAUGCAAGUACGGAGUGUAAAGCCAUCAGCAGAAAGCUGUCAGAGAAACCUAGCUGCAUUGAGGAGCUCAUAGAGCAGAGAGAAUGGAUGAAAUUACUCCCUGAGCAACUCAAAGCACAUGAAGAGUGUUUGUCCAAAGCUAUGUCUGAUUAUGAUCUAAUAGAUGAAUUCUUCUACAGUCUCUCCGAUGAGGAUGUCAAUGAGAAGUGGACAGCAAUGGCCUGGCCCUGGAUGAUCCUGAACCAGAUGGAGAGAGUGAAAGCCCAACAUGCUGAGGAUGAAGAACGCUUCCUUAAGAUCCAGCUUGUCGACCAAAACAGCUUCCUGGAUCUCUUGAAUGUCCUGCAGAUGACGGUGGCUGGAUUAUCUGGUUACACAAACCUUGGGCGAGCGCAUGAGGUGGCAAAUGAGGUGCGGAGAGUGAGCAAGCAGCUGAAAGAGUGUCAGGAAAUGGCACAGCUUUACAACAACCGCGAACGACUCUUUGGCAAACCAGUCUCUAAUUACACCGAGCUACAGAAGCUGAACAAAGAGUUUCAGCCAUUUUAUGACCUGUGGAAGACAACAUCUGAUUGGCUGCGUUGGCAUGAAAGCUGGCUCAAUGACCCGCUGUCAGCCAUCAACCCUGAACAAUUGGAGUAUAAUGUCAAUGAUGCUUACAAGACUAUGCACCAGUGUGUCAAACAGUUUAAAGACAUUCCUGCCUGUCAAGAAGUGGCAUCUGAAAUCCGGACUAAGAUUGAAGAUUUCCGUCCAUUCAUUCCUCUGAUCCGGGGCCUGAGGAAUCCUGGCAUGCGGAACCGCCACUGGGAACUUCUUUCUGAACGUAUUAACAUGAAUAUUAAGUCUACAGCGAACCUCACCUUUUCCCUUUGUCUGGAGCUGGGCCUACAAAAUCAUGCGGAGAAAAUCACCCAAGUGGCUCAGGAGGCUGGAAAAGAAUAUGCUAUUGAGCAAGCUCUGAUAAAGAUGGAGGAGGAAUGGUCAACAGUGAUGUUUGAGGUGAUGCCUUAUAAGGAGACAGGAACUUACAUCUUGAAGAGCCCAGACGAAGCUUCUCAGCUCCUGGAUGACCACAUUGUAAUGACUCAGAGCAUGGCCUUCUCCCCAUAUAAAAAACCCUUUGAGGAGAGAAUCAGCAAAUGGGAAAGUAAAUUGAAAAUGACACAGGAAGUAUUAGAAGAGUGGCUCAUCUGUCAGCGGUCGUGGCUGUACAUGGAACCUAUUUUCAGCUCUGAUGACAUCAACCGUCAGCUGCCUAUGGAAGGGAAGAGGUAUCUGACCAUGGAACGCACCUGGAGGAAGAUCAUGAAGGCUGCCCAUGAUAACAAUAAGGUGAUUGAGGUGUGUCCCGAACCACGUCUAUUGGCUAGUCUCAAAGACUGUAACAAUUUACUGGAGCUCGUGCAGAAAGGACUGAGUGAAUACCUGGAGACCAAACGAAGUGCCUUCCCCAGAUUUUACUUUUUAUCAGAUGAUGAGUUGCUGGAGAUUUUAUCUCAGACUAAAGAUCCAACAGCAGUGCAGCCACAUCUCCGCAAAUGCUUUGAGAAUGUUGCCCGGCUCCAGUUCCAGUCAGAUCUGCUGAUCACACACAUGUACUCUGCUGAAGGAGAGGAAGUCCAGUUGUCCGUCCCUGUGUCUCCUUCUGGGAAUGUGGAGCAUUGGUUGCGGGAAGUGGAGAACUCCAUGAAGGCCAGUGUAAGAGACAACAUUAGUCGUUCACUGCAAACCUAUGUAGAGGUAAGUGUUGUUUCUUAUUUUGAAAAUGUCAAGUCAGUGAUUUUUAACAAACGUCCUCGUACAGAGUGGGUGUUGUCCUGGCCUGGGCAGGUGGUGAUCGCUGGCUGUCAAACAUUUUGGACCCAAGAGGUGUCAGAGUCUCUGGAUAAGGGAGACCUUGCAGAUCGGCUUUAUCCACAGCUACAGACACAGUUGGGAGAUUUGGUGCAGCUGGUGCGGGGUCGUCUGUCAAAGAUGCAGCGGGGGGUACUCUCAGCACUCAUUGUGAUCGAAGUGCAUGCUAAAGAUGUGGCAGCAAAGCUGGUUGAGGAGAAAGUUUCCAGUGUCAAUGACUUUGAGUGGAUCAGCCAACUGAGAUAUUACUGGCGCGAUGACCUGUACAUCAGAGCAGUGAAUGCUGAGUUCUUGUAUGGUUAUGAGUACCUUGGUAACUCAGGACGACUUGUUAUCACUCCAUUGACAGACAGGUGCUACCUCACCCUGACUGGUGCGCUUCACUUAAAGUUUGGAGGUGCCCCAGCAGGCCCUGCCGGUACAGGAAAGACAGAGACCACUAAAGACCUGGGCAAAGCUCUGGCCAUCCAGACUGUAGUUUUUAACUGCUCUGAUCAGCUGGACUUCAUAGCUAUGGGCAAGUUCCUCAAAGGCUUAGCUAGUUCAGGGGCCUGGGCCUGCUUUGAUGAAUUCAAUCGAAUUGAUGUGGAGGUUUUAUCAGUUGUGGCUCAACAGAUCACAACCAUCCAAAAAGCCCAGCAGCAAAGAGUGAAGAAAUUUGUAUUUGAAGGCAUGGAAAUCUCUCUUGUUCCAUCCUGUGCAGUCUUCAUCACUAUGAAUCCUGGUUAUGCUGGUCGAACUGAACUACCAGAUAAUUUAAAGGCUCUAUUCCGUCCCGUGGCAAUGAUGAUCCCUGAUUACGCCAUGAUAGCAGAGAUCUCUCUUUACUCAUUCGGUUUCAGUGAUGCCAAAAUAUUGUCCAAAAAAAUCACCAGCACCUUCAAACUGUCCUCGGAACAGCUCAGCUCACAGGACCACUAUGAUUUUGGGAUGAGAGCUGUAAAAACUGUGAUCUCUGCUGCUGGAAACUUGAAGAGGGAAAAUCCUGAUAUGAAUGAGGAGCUGAUAUGCCUGCGUGCCAUCAGAGAUGUCAAUGUACCAAAGUUCCUUCAGGACGACCUCAAGCUCUUCAAUGGCAUUGUGUCCGACCUCUUCCCCAAGAUCCGUGAAGAGCCAAUAGACUAUGGUACCCUAGAAGAGUCCAUCAGGAAUGUCUGUGCAAUCAAAUGCCUUAAAGAUGUGGAUGGGUUUAUAACCAAGUGUAUUCAAUUAUAUGAGACCACUGUUGUCAGACACGGUCUAAUGUUGGUAGGACCAUCAGGCUCUGGUAAAACAAAGUGUUAUGAAGUGCUGGGAGCAGCAAUGACAGCCCUGAAAGGCCAACCCUCAGUUAGUGGAGGAGUAUAUGAGUCUGUACAGACCUACGUGCUCAACCCCAAAUCCAUCACUAUGGGGCAGCUUUAUGGAGAAUUUGAUCAGCUUACUCAUGAAUGGACAGAUGGUAUACUGUCUUGUCUCAUUCGGGAUGGAGCUGUCUCCAUGGACCAGGAGAAGAAGUGGUACAUGUUUGAUGGACCUGUGGAUGCUGUGUGGAUUGAGAACAUGAACACGGUUCUGGAUGACAACAAGAAACUGUGUCUAAGCUCUGGAGAGAUCAUCAAACUCUCUGACGAGAUGACUAUGAUGUUUGAGGUGCAGGAUUUGGCAGUGGCAUCUCCUGCCACGGUUUCUCGCUGUGGCAUGGUAUAUCUUGAGCCCAGUAUUUUGGGUCUGACUCCAUUCACAGAAUGUUGGCUCCGCACGAUCCCUGACAUGUUUCAGCCCUACACAGAUCAACUCAACUCUCUCUUCACUAGGUUCUUACAGGACUCCAUCCAAUUUGUCAGAAAAUCAGUGAAGGAGGUGAUCACCUCCAUGGACAGCAAUCUUACCUGCUCUCUGCUCAAACUGAUGGACUGUUUCUUUCAGCCCUUCAUCCCACGGGAGGGUAAGAAGCCCCCUUCCCAGGAGAAACUGUCUCGGCUGCAGGAGCUGAUUGAGCCCUGGUUUAUCUUUUCACUCAUAUGGAGUGUUGGAGCUACAGGUGACGCUGCCAGCUGCCAACGUUUCAGUUCAUGGCUCAGGAGCAAGAUGGUUGAAGAAAAGGUCCAUUUGUGUUUCCCUGAGGAGGGACUAGUAUACGAUUACCAUUUAGAUGAUGCAGGAAUAAGUUGUUUUGAUGAGGAGGAGGAGGAGGAUGGAAAAGAGAGGAAGGUUCAAUGGGUCAAUUGGAUGAAAUAUGCACAGAAAGUGGUCAUCACCCCAGAAACUAGCUACUCUGACAUCAUUGUGCCCACAGUCGACACUGUUCGCAUGUCCUUCCUGACAGACAUGCUGCUUUCCAAUAAGAAGCCUGUCUUGUGCAUUGGGCCAACUGGCACAGGAAAGACCCUGACCAUAUCAGACAAGCUUCUCAAGAACAUGCCUGCUGAAUACAUCACUCACUUCCUAAUGUUCUCUGCUCGCACCUCAGCCAACCAGACUCAAGACUAUAUCGACAGCAAACUUGACAGAAGACGUAAAGGUGUGUUUGGGCCUCCUUUGGGAAAAUAUUUUAUUUUCUUUAUUGAUGAUCUGAACAUGCCCAUGCUGGAAACAUAUGGAGCUCAGCCUCCCAUUGAACUGCUGCGCCAGUGGAUGGAUCACGGAGGCUGGUAUGACAGAAAACAGAUAGGCACCUUAAAAAACAUUGUUGACAUAAACUUUGCGUGUGCCAUGGGCCCUCCUGGUGGCGGCAGGAACCCCAUCACUCAACGCUUCACACGCCACUUCAACUUCCUGUCCUUCACUGAAAUGGAGGACAUCAGCAAGAAGAAGAUCUUUUCCACCAUCCUGGGGAGCUGGAUGGAUGGAAAUAUGAGUAAAAAGGACCCAGGCAAGAAAUUUCCAGAAAUUAAACCAUUCAAUGAGCCACUAGUAGAUGCAACCAUCAGGGUGUACUCCACUCUUACCUCUGCUCUCCUACCCACACCUGCUAAAUCCCACUAUACGUUCAACCUAAGGGACCUCUCAAAAGUCUUCCAGGGCAUCCUGAUGGCAGAGGCUGGGAAAAUAGAGAAUAAAAUACAGCUAUUGCAGCUUUGGUAUCAUGAGAGCUGCAGGGUGUUCCAGGAUCGACUGGUCAGCAAUGAGGACAGGAAGUGGUUUGACCAACUCCUCCACACUCACAUACAGGAGUUUGGGUGCAAGAUUGAGGAGGUGGUCCCGUACCAGCCAGUCCUAUAUGGGGACUUCAUGUUCCCAGGGGCUGUCAAGGUCUACCGGCUGAUUGAAGAUGUAGAAAAGCUGGCCAGUGUGAUGGAGGAGUACAUGGAUGAUUAUAACCAGACCAGCACCACUAAGAUGAAGCUGGUGCUGUUCAUGGACGCCAUACAGCAUGUGUGUCGUAUCAGCCGUAUCCUGCGCCAGCCCCUGGGGAACGCUUUGCUGUUAGGAGUUGGUGGCAGUGGACGCCAGUCACUUACCAGGCUUGCGACACACAUAUCUGAAUAUGAGUGCUUCCAGAUUGAACUCUCCAAGAAUUAUGGCUUCCUAGAGUGGAGAGAGGACAUCAAAAGCAUCAUGCUAAAGGCUGGUCUGCAGAAUGUGCAAAUCACCUUCCUGUUUGUAGAUACACAGAUUAAGAGUGAAUCUUUCCUGGAGGAUGUGAAUAGCAUCCUGAACUCCGGCGAUGUGCCCAAUCUUUAUACUUCAGAGGAGCAGGAACGGAUCCUGACUGCCAUGAAACCUGUGGUUCAGGACAUGGGCCAGCAGCCCACAAAAGCAAACCUCAUGGCAGCCUACAUCAAAAGAGUCCGUAGCAACAUCCACACUGUUCUCUGCAUGAGUCCAGUAGGGGAAGUGUUCCGGGCUCGCCUCAGGCAGUUCCCCUCACUGGUCAACUGCUGCACAAUUGACUGGUUCAGCGCAUGGCCACAGGAGGCACUACAGUCUGUAGCAACAUCUUUCCUCAAUGAGCUUCCAGAACUGGAGGCCAGCCCUACGGCCAUCCAAAGCCUGGCACUGAUGUGUGUUGAGAUCCAUCAAAUGGUGUCCAGGAAGUGUGAGCAGUACUUGGCUGAACUUUCCCGCCACAACUACGUCACUCCUAAGAGUUACCUGGAGCUCCUCAGCAUCUUCUCAUCUCUGAUUGGCCAGAAGAAGCAGGAGCUACACAGCGCUCGACAGAGAAUGAAAACAGGCCUGGAUAAGCUGCUGAGUACAGCAGAGGAUGUGAGCAAGAUGCAGGAAGAGUUGGAGAUGAUGAGGCCUCAGCUGGAGGAAGCAGCCAAGGACACUGUGAUCACCAUGGAGAAAAUAAAAGAAGAUACAGUGGUAGCUGAGGAGACCCGUGUAGCGGUGCAGGCUGAGGAGGCUAAGGCCACUGAAAAGGCUCGUGUGGCACAGGCCAUCGCUGAUGAUGCUCAGAAAGAUCUGGAUGAAGCGCUUCCUGCUUUGGAUGCUGCCCUCAAUAGCCUGAAGUCGCUGAAAAAGAAUGAUGUCGUUGAGGUGCGGGCUCUGCAGAGGCCUCCUCAAGGAGUGAAGCUGGUUAUAGAAGCUGUCUGUAUCCUGAAGGGUAUCAAACCCAAGAAAGUUGCAGGAGAGAAGCUCGGAGAGAAGGUUGAUGACUACUGGGAUGCAGGAAAGGGUCUUCUGCAGGAUCCAGGAAAAUUUCUGGACGGUCUCUUCAAGUUUGACAAGGACAACAUCCCAGAUUCUGUGAUCAAACUAGUGCAGCCUUACAUUGACAACCCAGAGUUCCAGACUGACUCAAUUGCCAAGGUGUCCAAAGCCUGUACUUCCAUCUGUCAGUGGGUGCGAGCAAUGCAUGUGUACCAUUUUGUGGCCAGAGCUGUAGAGCCCAAACGGCAAGCCUUGCAGGAAGCUCAGGAGGAUCUGGAUGUAACACAACGCAUUCUGGAUGAUGCGAAGGAGAAACUAGCAGCUGUAGAGGAGGGCAUUGCUACACUGCAGGCCAAGUAUCAUGAAUGCCUGACCAAGAGAGACGAGCUAGAUGCCAAAUGUCAACUGUGUGAGAACAGAUUGAUCCGUGCAGAUAAGCUGAUUGGUGGACUGGCUGAUGAGAAGGUGCGCUGGAGAGAGACCGUUCAGCAGCUGGAGUACAUGGUGAAUAACGUGGCAGGAGAUGUGCUGCUCGCUGCAGGAUACGUAGCUUACCUCGGACCCUUCACUGGAGAAUAUCGUUCAGCGAUGGCUGAGGAGUGGCUCAGAGGUUUUAAAGAACUGGCAGUCCCUCACACAGAACGGCCCAACCUGAUCAGCACACUGGGAGACAAAGUCAAGAUCCGCUCCUGGCAGAUUGCAGGGCUGCCCAAGGAUAGUCUUUCUGUGGAGAACGGAGUAAUUACUCAAUACUCUCAGCGCUGGCCUCUGUUUAUCGAUCCGCAGGGACAGGCCAACAAGUGGAUUAAGAACAUGGAGCGUGAUAACACAUUAGCUGUGAUGAAGUUGAGUGACCGAGACUUCCUGCGUAGUUUAGAAAAUGCUAUCCGCUUUGGAAAGCCUUGCUUGCUGGAGAAUGUUGGGGAGGAGCUAGACCCUGCGUUGGACCCUGUGCUCCUACGACAGACAUAUACCCAUGAAGGCAACGUAGUUCUAAAACUCGGAGACACUGUCAUUCACUAUCAUGACGACUUCAAGAUGUACAUCACCACUAAGCUGCCCAACCCACAUUACUCACCGGAGAUCUCUACUAAAGUGACUCUCAUUAACUUCACCCUCUCACCCAGUGGGCUAGAGGAUCAGCUACUAGGCUGUCUCGUAGCUGAAGAGAGACCUGAUCUGGAAAAGGCGAAGAACCAACUCAUUGUGAGUAAUGCACAAAUGAAACAGGAAUUAAAGGAGAUAGAAGAUCAGAUCCUGUUCCGACUGAGCUCUUCAGAGGGAAACCCUGUUGAUGACGAGGAAUUGAUAAGAGUGCUUGCGGCCUCCAAAGUCAAAGCCGAAGAAAUUCAGGCUAAAGUGACUGCAGCUGAGGCGACUGAGAGGGACAUUGACGCCACACGUCUGGAAUACGUCCCAGUGGCUGUCAGAGCCCAGAUCCUCUUCUUCUGUGUGUCAGAUCUGUCAAAUGUGGACCCCAUGUACCAGUACUCUCUGGAGUGGUUCCUGGGGAUUUUUAUGAGUGGCAUUGCCAACUCAAAGAAAGCAGGUGAAAACAUGCCCUUCUAUUAUUGACCUUUGGCACUGAAGAACCUGAAAAGGUCAUUUUUCACUACCCACAACAAUAUUCAAAGGCCCCAUAGCUUUUCCAGUUAUUUAAAUAUCUUGAUUUGUGUAUGAAUGUCUGUGUGUGUACAGGCUGAGUGGCAAUAUUUGUUAUCAGGGGGGCGGCCCCAGCAUCAGGCUCCAAAUCCUGCUCCAAACUGGCUCUCCAUGAGAGCCUGGCAGGACAUACUGGCACUGAGCACCCUGCCCACCUUCAGUAACCUGCCAGAGAGCUUCUCCAAACAUGAGUCUGCAUUCAAGAGUAUAUUCGACAGCAGCCAGCCACACAGGUAGGCACAAACAUACUUGUACAUACUAUUAGAGGUUGUAAGUAUUGUUAUAGUGCAUGUCAGUGGUUUAGACUCAUUUCAGAAGCUUCUGUUUCUGCGUUGUCUGAGAGCUGACCGGCUCACUCACGGACUGCAGGACUUUGUGGCUUCACAGCUGGGUCAGAACUUCAUCGAGCCACAGACAUCAGACCUGUCUGUGGUGUUUAAAGAUUCGUCACCUUCCACCGCUCUCAUUUUUGUGCUUUCUCCUGGUACCGACCCCGCUGCUGACCUCUAUAAGUUUGCAGAGGUCAUGAAGUUUUCAAAGAAGAUGACCGCCAUCUCCCUUGGCCAAGGACAGACAGCAGAGUUGAAGGCUCUCCUCCUGUCUCUGUGCCUUUUCCAUGGAAAUGCUAUUGAGCGCAGGAAAUUCGGCCCACUAGGAUUUAACAUUCCAUAUGAGUUUACGGAUGGGGACCUGCACAUCUGCAUCAGCCAGCUGAAAAUGUUCCUGGAUGAAUAUCAGGACAUCCCAUAUAAGGUUCUGAAGUAUACUGCAGGGGAAAUAAACUAUGGGGGUCGUGUGACAGACAACUGGGAUCGCCGUUGCAUCCUAAACAUCCUGGAGGGUUUCUACUGCCCCGCUGUCCUGGGCCCUGAACACCUUUACUCUCCUUCUGGAGAAUACAGACAAAUCAGCACUGAGAACAAUGUCAAGGGUUAUUUGACCUACUUUCGUGGCCUACCAAUUAACGACUCACCAGACAUCUUUGGCCUCCAUGACAAUGCCAACAUAAGCUUUGCACAAAAUGAGACAUUUGCUCUGCUGGGAACUUUAGUGAAGCUCCAGCCAAGAGCAGCAGCCAGCGGAGGCAAGUCCAGAGAUGAGAUCAUAGAGGAAAUUGUGGAGGGGAUUGUGGAGAAGAUUCCCAGUCUCAUUAAUGUGCAGGAGGUCAUGAAUAAAUACCCAGUGAUGUAUGAAGAAUCUAUGAACACGGUCUUGGUUCAGGAGGUUAUAAGAUAUAAUAAGUUGUUAUCAGUGAUUUCCCAGAGUCUCAGUGAUCUGGUGAAGGCUUUGAAGGGUUUGGUGGUUAUGUCAUCUGAACUGGAGCUGAUGUCUAACAGUCUGUUCAUCAACGCUGUUCCAGAACUAUGGAAGGCCAAGGCAUAUCCAUCUCUUAAGCCGCUGGCUUCCUGGGUGUCCGAUCUGGUUCAGCGCAUUAGCUUUUUGCAGAACUGGAUUUCAGAUGGCAUUCCUGCUGUAUUCUGGAUCAGUGGGUUCUUCUUCCCCCAAGCCUUCCUCACAGGAACCCUGCAGAACUUUGCCCGAAGUGCUUUGGUCUCCAUUGACACCAUUGCUUUUGAUUUUAAGGUGAUGAAGGAAGCAGCAGCAGAGCUGACUGUGAGGCCCGACAUCGGCUGCUUCAUCCACGGUCUGUAUCUUGAAGGGGCACGCUGGGAUUCAGAAAGAGGCCAGCUUACUGAAUCCCGUCCCAAAGAGCUCUACACAGAGAUGGCUGUUAUCUGGAUGGUACCCGUUCCCAACCGCAGUCCCCCUCAGUCUGGAAUCUACAUGUGUCCUAUCUACAAAACUCUUACCCGUGCUGGAACUCUCUCAACCACCGGGCACUCAACUAACUAUGUAAUUGCAGUUGAGCUGCCCACAGAUCGUACCCAAGGGCACUGGAUCAAACAGGGUGUGGCCUUGAUCUGUGCUCUUGACUACUAG